CCCCUCCCAGGAGCCCCCCUCUCUCCUCGCCCACCUCCGCCGGGAGCGAGCGCCGCGGCUGUGCGGAAAAGCCAUGGGAGGCAAGACCUCGGCACCUGUUCAGCUGAAAUCAAGGGCUUACAGUAUACUGGGCAGUCUGGCUUGGUGGUAGGAGCGAGCGAAAGGAAGGAGAAGCAAGCAAGAAAAAGUGAGAGAGGAUUGGAGCAACUGCCGCUGCCGGGAAAAAAAAAAAUAAAAACCCAAGGAAGAUAACUGGGAAGGAAAAGGAUUUUCAUGGCGCAGGCUGCAGAGCUAAGCAAGAAGACUGAAGCCUGAUGACCAUAGCUGUGGGGACCGACUACUGGCUUUACUCCAGAGGGGUUUGCAAGACUAAAACUGUCAGUGAGAACGAAACCAGCAAAAAGAACGAGGAAGUCAUGACCCAUUCUGGAUUAUGGAGAACCUGCUGCCUGGAAGGGAAUUUUAAAGGUCUGUGUAAGCAAAUCGAUCACUUCCCUGAGGAUGCAGAUUAUGAAGCCGAUACAGCAGAGUAUUUCCUCCGGGCUGUUAGAGCCUCUAGUAUUUUCCCGAUCCUGAGUGUGAUUCUGCUUUUCAUGGGUGGACUCUGCAUUGCAGCCAGCGAGUUCUACAAAACCCGACACAACAUCAUCCUUAGUGCCGGCAUCUUCUUCGUGUCCGCAGGUCUGAGUAAUAUAAUUGGCAUCAUCGUAUACAUAUCAGCCAAUGCUGGAGACCCCUCCAAGAGUGACUCCAAGAAGAACAGCUACUCCUACGGCUGGUCCUUCUACUUUGGGGCCCUGUCCUUCAUUAUAGCUGAGAUGGUGGGAGUGCUGGCCGUCCACAUGUUCAUAGACCGGCACAAACAGCUGCGCGCCAACGCUCGUGCCACGGACUACCUCCAGUCCUCCGCCAUCACCCGCAUCCCCAGCUACCGGUACCGCUAUCAGAGACGCAGCCGCUCCAGCUCCCGCUCCACUGAGCCUUCACACUCCAGGGAUGCCUCUCCCGUCGGGAUCAAAGGGUUCAACACCCUUCCAUCAACAGAGAUCUCGAUGUACACCCUGACCAGGGACCCGCUGAAGGCAACCACCACCCCCACCGCCACCUACAACUCCGACAGGGAUAACAGUUUCCUCCAGGUUCACAACUGUAUCCAGAAAGAGAACAAGGACUCUAUCCACACCAACACAGCCAACCGCCGGACCACCCCGGUAUGAAGCCGUCGCCAGGAGCUGAAAAUGGGGCAGGAGCUGAAAGGAGGAGAUGGGUGGGCUGUGGGGUGGGAAGGGUGGA